GUCCUGGAAGGGAUGUAGUGAAUGCCCCUACGCGGAGUCGGUUACCCCGCUUCCUGUUGACGUGAAUCUCUACAUUCCCGCUCCGAAGAAGCCACAGAUACGAACAGCUUGCCGGGCCAUUUCCUGGAAACAUGCUCACCCAGCGGUCUUGAUCACACAGCUUCGUGAAAACUCCUUCGAGAAUGUCCAGCUCAAGCUACCCUCCAAACCAAGGAGCGUUCAGCACAGAACAGAGCCGUUACCCGGCGCAUUCAGUCCAGUACACAUUUCCCAGUGGCCGGCACCAGCAGGAGUUCGCGGUCCCUGAUUUUCGCGCUUCUCACUUGGAAGUCAGCCAAGGUACCCAGCUUCUACAGCAGCAGCAGCAGCAGCUCCGUCGGCGCCCCUCUCUGCUGUCCGAAUUCCACCCUGGCUCGGACCGGCCUCAGGAGAGGAGAUCUGGGUAUGAGUCACAGUUCCACCCCGGCCCUUCGCAAACCGAUCAUGACUCGCUGGAUUCCAAGAGGCCGCGCCUGGACCAAGUUUCUGAUCCUCAUUACCAGCGGGUCAGUGCUGCUGCGGUCCUGCCCUUGGCCCACCAGCUCCAAGAGGGGCUGCGGUCAUCUGACCUCAAGAAGGAGCCAGUUUUUGGAGGCAAGCAUGAAGGCCCUCCGUCGCCGAUGUCGAGUCAGUCGUGCGGAGAGGACCAGAAUGCUUCUCCGUCCAAGUUGUCAAAGGAAGAGCUGAUCCAGAGCAUGGAUCGGGUAGACAGGGAGAUUGCCAAAGUGGAACAGCAGAUCCUCAAACUGAGGAAAAAACAGCAACAGCUCGAGGAAGAAGCAGCAAAACCGCCUGAACCAGAGAGGCCUGUCUCCCCUCCUCCUGUCGAGCAGAAGCAUCGCAGCAUCGUCCAGAUAAUCUACGAUGAGAAUCGGAAAAAGGCAGAGGAAGCUCAUAAGAUUUUCGAAGGGCUGGGCCCCAAGGUGGAGCUGCCUCUUUACAACCAGCCUUCAGACACAAAAGUGUACCAUGAAAACAUCAAAACGAACCAAGUUAUGAGGAAAAAACUCAUCUUGUUUUUCAAGAGGCGGAAUCAUGCCAGGAAGCAAAGGGAGCAGAAGAUCUGCCAGCGCUACGACCAACUAAUGGAAGCAUGGGAGAAGAAGGUGGACCGGAUUGAGAAUAACCCCCGCAGGAAGGCCAAGGAAAGCAAAACACGGGAGUAUUACGAGAAGCAGUUCCCCGAGAUCCGGAAGCAGCGGGAACAGCAGGAGCGAUUCCAAAGUAAUGAUCGAGCAGGAUGCCUUUUUAGGACUCUGUAUGAUUCCUUUGCUUCUUCCUGUAACACCCGGAAGCAAGUGAUUUCCACGAUGGUUGGCCAAAGGGGGACUGGCCUUUCGGCCACCAUCGCUCGGAGCGAACACGAAAUCUCGGAGAUCAUCGAUGGGCUGUCAGAGCAGGAGAAUAAUGAGAAACAAAUGCGCCAGCUCUCGGUCAUUCCUCCCAUGAUGUUUGAUGCAGAACAGAGGCGCGUGAAGUUUAUCAACAUGAACGGGCUGAUGGAGGAUCCCAUGAAAGUGUACAAGGAUCGGCAGUUCAUGAAUGUCUGGACCGAUCAUGAGAAGGAGAUCUUUAAAGAAAAGUUUGUCCAGCAUCCUAAGAACUUCGGCCUCAUUGCUUCCUAUUUAGAAAGAAAGAAUGUUCCAGACUGUGUCUUGUAUUAUUACUUGACCAAGAAAAACGAAAACUACAAGGCCCUGGUGCGACGGAACUACGGCAAGCGGCGGGGGAGGAACCAGCAACAAAUCGCACGUCCUUCUCAAGAAGAAAAAGUCGAAGAAAAAAUAGAGGAGGAGAAGGCAGAGAAAACUGAGAAAAAGGAGGAGGAAAAAAGAGAUGAGGAGGAAAAAGACGAAAAAGAAGAGUCCAAGGAAAAUAUCAAAGAGAAGGAGAAGGUCGAAGCGCCACCCGAGGAGCCCGAGGAAAGGGAGCCCGCCGCUCCGAGAGGGCGAAAGACCGCCAACAGCCAAGGCCGGCGGAAAGGCCGGAUCACCCGGUCGAUGACCAACGAAGCAGCAGCGGCUAACGCUGCUGCAGCCGCCGCAGCCGAAGAGCCACCGCCUCCACUGCCUCCCCCGCCAGAGCCAUCUUCCGCGGAGCCUGUGGAGACCUCUCGCUGGACAGAAGAAGAGAUGGAAGUUGCAAAAAAAGGGCUGGUGGAACACGGGCGCAACUGGGCGGCCAUUGCCAAGAUGGUGGGGACAAAGAGCGAAGCCCAGUGCAAGAACUUCUACUUUAACUACAAACGGAGGCACAACCUGGACAGCCUUCUUCAGCAGUACAAGCAAAAGUUAUCGCGAAGGCCACGCGAGGAGCGGGAAGUUUCCCAGUGCGAGAGCGUGGCGUCCACCGUCUCCGCACAGGAGGACGAGGACAUCGAGGCCUCCAAUGAGGAGGAGAAUCCCGAAGACAGUGAAGGUGCUGAAAACAGUUCCGAUACUGAAAGCGCGCCAUCUCCUUCUCCGGCAGAGGUUUCCAAACCUUCAGAGGAUGCCCCUCCGGAGAGCAGCUCUUCCCGGAUCACCACCGAUGUGGCGGCUGAGCAGGACUCUGCCAUUAAACCAGCCCCCAGCGCCUCCCCUCCCUCGGCAGCCCAGAGCACGAAGCCGGCUGAGAGCGAAAGCGCCGAGCUGCAGGUGAAGGAGGAAGCCAAGUCGGAGGUGGAGGAGCUGAUGGAGACGGAGAGCAGGAUCUCGCUGGUCGACACCAAGCCCAUCCUCAGCCUUGCCGCCAGCGCCAAAGCGGAGCCUGUGGAGGUCGACACCAAGCCCCCCGGAGACAUUCAAGUGAAGGUGGAAAACGAGGCCAAAGAGAGGGAAGAGGACAUGCCUAAAGAGAAGCUGGAGCCGGAGGGGGUGGACUUCAGCUCGGGCCACCCGGCCAACGCCCAGAGGAUGGAGCCCAGCUCGGACAACGACUCAAGCGCCACUUGCAGUGCAGAUGAAGAGGUGGACGGAGAACCCGAGAGGCAGAGGAUCUUUGCAAUGGACUCAAAGCCUUCCCUGUUAAAUCCCACCGGACCGCUGCUGGUAUCGUCUGCAAUUAAACAAGGGCCAAUGGAUCUACAGCAGCUUCAGCACCGGGCAGCCGUCAUACCACCAAUGGAACGACUGCCCAUGAUUCCUGGCUUCCCCACCAGCGGCUACACACUCCUCCACCAGCACAUCAAGGCCAUGCACAAGUCCAGCGUGCUAGAGGAGCAGCAGCGCCAGAGACAAGAGCAAAUGGAGGUGGAUUUCCGGAGGUCCUCCAGCCCCUGCGGUUCUUCCAAGAGCCCAAAUGUCGAGUGGGAUGCAAAGACAGUUGCCUAUAUGCCUUACGCUGAAGUAAAGCGUGCCAUGGAUCAGGAAGCCCAGAUGCAAAACGCAGUGGCCAGAUCAGGCUCACCCUAUCGCCUGUCUCCACGGGAGGUGAACAAGGCUUCUCCACAACCGGACAUGAACGCCACCCGCUACAGCGUCCCGCCAGUCCUCCAGCCAGCUCCCCAUCAAGUCAUCACGAAUCUCCCUGAAGGGGUCCGACCCCCACCAACACGGCCCACGAGGCCUCCCCCACCUCUGAUUCCAUCCUCCAAAACGGUGGUGCCUUCGGAGAAACCGUCCUUCAUCAUGGGAGGCUCCAUUUCGCAAGGAACACCGGGCACUUAUCUGUCCCACGGCCAGAGUUCUUACAGCCAGGAACCAGCCAAGCCAUCUGGCGGAUCCAUUUCCCUCGGCCUGCCCAGGCAGCAGGAUUCCAAGUCAGCUUCCCUGCCCUACAUCAAGCAAGAAGAGUUUUCUCCCCGGAGCCAGAAUUCGCAGCCCGAAGGCCUGUUGGUAAGAGCUCAACACGAGGGAGUCGUUCGAGGUACAGCCACCAUCCAGGAAGGGAGUAUCACCCGAGGGACCCCCGCCAGCAAAGUUUCCAUGGAAGCGAUGCCAGCCUUGCGAGGGUCCAUCACUCAGGGAACGCCAGCCCUGCCGCAGCCUGGGAUUCCAGCUGAUGUCUUGCUGAAGGGAACAAUCACCCGGCUGGCCACAGAGGACAGCAGCCCGGAGAAGGGCCGGGAGGAGGCUGGAGCCUCCAAAGGCCACGUCAUUUAUGAGGGCAAGAGCGGGCACAUCAUCACCUAUGAUGCCAUUAAGAAUGUCCGGGAGGGAACCCGGAGCCCAAGGACUGCUCAUGAGAUGGGCCUGAAAAGGACGUAUGAAGCCAUGGAAGGAAAUAUCAAACAGGGAAUGUCAAUGAGAGAAUCUCCUGUCUCGGCACCUUUAGAAGGGUUAAUCUGCCGGGCGGUGCCUCAGGGCAGCCCCCACUCCGAUAUGAAGGAGAGGACCGUGCUGUCAGGCUCCAUAAUGCAAGGCACCCCACGAGCUACUGCUGAGAACUACGAAAUAGGACUCAAGUAUCCAAAGAUCAAGAGGGAGUCUCCUCCCAUGCGAACUUUUGAGGGGGCCAUCACCAAGGGCAAACCAUAUGAUGGGGUCACCACAAUCAAGGAGAUGGGGCGCUCCAUCCAUGAAAUUCCCCGGCAGGACCUGUUGAAUCAAGAAAGCCGGAAGACCCCUGAAAUAGUUCCUAAUGUCCGGCCCAUCAUUGAGGGCUCCAUCUCUCAGGGUACACCCAUCAAGUAUGAAAGCAGUUCUUGCCAGUCGGCCAUCAAACACAACGUCAAGUCCUUGAUCACCGGCCCAAGCAAGCUGUCAUCGCGAGGAAUGCCGCCCAUGGAGAUGGUGCCUGAGAACGUGAAAGUGGUGGAGCGAGGGAAGCACGAAGAUGCCAAGUCUGGAGAAAUACGUUCUCGCCACACCUCGGUGGUCAGCUCAGGGCCCUCUGUCCUACGGUCCACACUCCACGAGGCUCCAAAGUCCCAAGUGAGUCCCGGGAUCUAUGAGGACACCAACGCAAGGAGGACCCCUGUGAGCUAUCAGAGCAUGUCCAGAAGUUCUCCCAUGAUGAACCGAGCAGCAGAAGGCAACCUUCCUUCAGGAAAGCCCUUGAAUCACGAGAGGAAGUCCACUUUGACGCCAACGCAACGGGAGAGUGUCCCCGCCAAAUCUCCAGUCCCAGGGGUGGAUCCUGUGGUGACUCACAGCCCGUUUGACCCCCACCACCGAGGGGCUGCUCCAGAGGUUUACAGGAGCCAUCUUUCUCCUCACCUGGACCCAGCCAUGCAGUUCCACAGAGCUUUGGACCCCACAACUGCCUACAUGUUCCAGCGGCAGCUCUCGCCCACACCCGGCUACCCCAGCCAAUACCAGCUCUACGCCAUGGAGAACACCCGGCAGACCAUCCUCAACGACUACAUCACCUCCCAGCAGAUGCAAGUCAACUUGCGCCCUGACAUCGCGCGGGGGCUGUCCCCCCGGGAGCAGACAUUGGCUCUUCCCUACGCAGGAGCCAGAGGAAUCAUCGACCUGAACAGCAUGGCUCCUACCAUCUUGGUGCCACAUCCCGGAGGGCCGAGCACACCCCCAAUGGAGAGAAUCACGUACAUCCCCGGGACUCAGCUGGCCUUCCCAACCAGGCCUUACAACCCUUCCUCCAUGUCUCCAGGGCACCCUUCUCACCUGCCGGCCUCUGUGGUGGCCAGUGCGGAGAGGGAGAGGGAGAAAGAGCGGGAGCGGGAGCGAAUCUCGUCCACUCCCACGGACCUCUACCUGCGCCCAGGCACCGAGCAGCCAGGGAGACCAGGCAGCCACGGUUACGUCCGCUCGCCGUCGCCUUCGGUCCGGAACCAGGAGAACAUCCUCCAGCAACGGCCCAGCAUUUUCCAAGGCUCCAACGGGACGAGUGUCAUCACCCCGCUGGACCCUGCCGCCCAGCUGCGCAUUAUGCAGCUGCCCCCUGGCGCUCCCUCCAUCAACCAAGGGUUGCCAGCUUCACGCUACAGCACUGCGGCCGACGCGCUGGCUGCUCUGGUGGAUGCUGCGGCGUCCGCUCCACAGAUGGAAGUGGCCAAGUCCAAGGAGGGCAAACACGAUGGGGGGCGGAUAGAGGAGAAUCCGGGGCGCAGGUCUGCAGUGGUGAGCGAGCAGCAGCAGCAGCAGCAGCAAAUGGAGCAGAAGGCGCUGGAGGGGGAGAAGAGGGGCCCCCCCGGCCCCUACACCUCAUCGGCGUCGGCGCCUUUUUCAAGCAGCAAAUCCCAGAACCCGCCUUCUUCUGCCAUCUAUUCCGAGGCCGGGAAGGACAAAGGCCCGCCCUCCAUAUCUAAGUACGAGGAGGAGCUGCGCACACGUGGGAAGACCACCAUCACAGCAGCCAACUUCAUCGACGUGAUCAUCACGCGGCAGAUUGCCUCCGACAAGGAUGCCCGCGACCGUGGCUCUCAGAGCUCAGAUUCCUCCGGCAGCCUGUCCUCCUCUUCGCACCGAUACGAAACGUCUAGAGAUGCGAUUGAAGUGAUCAGCCCUGCUAACUCGCCUGUCCCCUCUCAGGAAAAGAUGCCUCCUUACCAACAGGAACCUCCCAAAAUGAAUCAAGGAGAAAGAGACUGCAGCCGCCAGUACGAGGGGCCGAGUCAUCCUUACAGACCUCCACAAGAUUCGCCUUCGCCACAGCAACAGCCGCCCCAGCAGCCGCCGCCGCCACCGGCCCCUCCGCCUGCCCAGGGUGAAGGAAUGGGGCCCGUGCCCCGGACUCACCGCCUGAUCACCCUGGCUGACCACAUCUGUCAAAUCAUCACGCAGGACUUUGCUCGCAGCCAGACUUCCACCCAGCCUUCCCUUCCGACUGCCACAAGCACAUUCCAAACCUCUGCUCUGACGUCCGUCGCGCCGACAAACCGGGUCAAGGCUUCGAACCGCUACAGUCCCGAAAUCCAGGUGCAGGCUGCUCCCCACCAGCGUCCGGGGCCCCGAAUGUCCCCCGAAAACAUCUCUGACAAAAGCAGGGGAAGGCUUGGGAAGUCCCCCGAGAGAAGCCAUGUUUCCUCGGAGUCGUACGAGCCAAUCUCCCCACCCCAGGCUCCGGCGGUGCAUGAGAAACAAGAGAACUUCCUGUUGCUGUCGCAGAGAUCAGAGCCUUCGGAACAGAGCAGGACAGACUCCCGUUCUCCCGGCAGCAUUACUUACCUGCCUUCCUUCUUCACCAAACUGGAGAACACCUCGCCGAUGGUGAAGUCUAAGAAGCAGGAGAUAUUUCGCAAGCUGAACUCAUGCAGUGGAAGUGACUCCGAAAUGGCAGCUGCUCAGCCUGGGACAGAAAUAUUUAACUUGCCAGCAGUCACCACCUCAGGUGCAGUGAGUGCCAGAGGCCCUUCCUUGGCCGAUCCCGCCAGCAACCUGGGUCUGGAGGACAUCAUCCGCAAAGCCCUGAUGGGCAGUUUUGAUGACAAAGGGGAGGACCAUGCUCUGGUCAUGGCGCAGCCCAUGGGGCUGGUGCCCAGCGGCUCCAGCGCCUCGCUACCAGCAAGCAGCGAAACCCGGAGGGAGGAAGCCAGUCCAUCUCCCAAUCCAGGUGGGGGAGUCAGCAAGCAGAAGCUGAUGGGCAAAUCUGGCAGCAGGAAGUCCAAGUCCCCAAUUCCUGGUCAAGGCUACCUGGGAACAGAGCGGCCUUCCUCGGUCUCCUCGGUGCAUUCGGAAGGAGACUAUCACCGGCAGACCCCCGCGUGGUCGUGGGAAGACCGGCCCUCCUCAACAGGAUCGACGCAGUUCCCGUACAACCCUCUGACGAUGCGGAUGCUGAGCAGCACGCCCCCCACCUCGAUGGCCUGCGCCCCGCCGUCUGCCAGCCAGGCCGCGGCGCAUCAGCCCAGCAGGAUGUGGGAGCGUGAGCCCGCGCCCCUGCUCUCCGCCCAGUACGAGACUCUUUCGGACAGCGAUGACUGAAACGGGAAAGGGCGUGCUUUUUUAAAACCGACAGACAAAAUAUAAAAAUUCAGCGGGGAGGUUGGAAACCAGUUGGGUUUAUGGGGUUGCUGCAUUUUUCUUAAAAGCGACAAGUCCCCAGAGACUGUUGAAAUGAGAGCGAGGGCUUUCGGGAGAUGAAGAAGUUUUGCAGGAAUCUGUUUAUGGAGCAAGGAAGAGGAUUCCUUUCUGCGCGAGCUGCAAGGGAAGAGUCAGCGUCCUGAAGAUAAAUAUGUAAAGAGUUUUUUUUUUUUUAAAAAAAGAGGACGUAUUCCUGAGCGACAUCCUUAUUUGUAAAGAGAACCGUAACAUAAUGUCUCUAAGAAAAGAAAAAAAAAAUCAUUCUUAUGUAAA